GCGCAGAAGCUAAUGAUCUACAAAUGCAACGUUCAAGGGAAGCUUGUGGUGACUGCAACCCAAAUGCUGGAAUCUAUGAUCAGGUCUCCUCGUCCCACCAGAGCAGAAGCUACAGAUGUCGCCAAUGCUGUUCUUGAUGGCACUAAUUGUGUCAUGCUCAGCGGCGAGACAGCAGCGGGUGCUUACCCUGUUCUUGCUGUUGAGAUCAUGGCGAGGAUACGCGAGGAAGCAGAAUCAUUUAUGGAUUAUGACGCUGUGUUUAAAGCACUCACGACUGUAACAAAGUCGCCAAGUACUCCAUUGGAGAGCCUUGCUUCGUCUGCCGUUCGACUUGCAAAGUCUGUCAGAGCUGCUCUUAUUCUUGUUCUGACGAGAGGAGGGACUGCUUCAAGACUGGUG